CUAAUUCACAUUGCGCAGACAAAUGCCGACAGACGCCGACAGACGCGUCUGUCAGUGUUUGUUGGACCAGUGUGAUACCCCUGUCUGUGUCUGUUGGUGUUGGUCGGAGUCUGUUUUCACCCGACUGAACAUGUUCAAUCGGAGUUUGUAGCGUCGUGGACUGUCUGAGCAGUGUGGUAUACUUUUCCAACAAACGCAAACAAACUCUGACGUAUCUGCGAAACGUUGCCAUGACGACGAAGCAAGUCCAUUGAAAAGACGGGUAGUAAAAGGGGCUGAGUGUGGCAAGGUUAAAGUAAAAAUGGCAGGUUUCUGGACAAAUCAGAAAGAAGAGGAGUUAGUGGAUCUUUGGGAAGAGAGACCAGAGCUGUAUGCAGUGGGUGUGGCCAUUUACACCAACCGCAACGCAAGAGGGAAUGCGUUUAGAUCGAUCGCUACAGCGCUUGGGGUUUCAGAAGCUGAGGUAAAGAAGAAAAUAGAAAAUAUGAGGACACAGUAUAACAGAUACCUAAAAUCCCCUCCAUCUGGAAGCGGCGGUAAUCAUACUCCAAGGCAGGAGUGGUUCCUGAGGAGACUUAAGUUUUUAGAGCUGCACAUGAGAAAGAGACCCUCGACAUCAAACCUUGAUGUUCACAAUGACUCUUCAACUACUUCAACUGAGGAGGGUGAAAGUGAAGACAGAGGUGAGGAUAGAGUAGAGGAUAAAGAAGAUGAAGAACAAGACAAGGAAGAGGAGGAGGAAGAAGAAGAGGAAGCCAUCCCACCUAGUGGACUACAAAAAAAGCGCCGUAAAAGACAACCUGACCCUGCUCAGGCUCAAGACCUUGUCAUUCUUGGGGCAAUAAAUGAAACUCUAAAAGUGCUGACAGAGAAUCACCAACACAAUCUGCAGCCACCCAAGAAUGACAGCAUACAUGCCUUUUGUCAGUUUAUGGAGCAACAGUUAAGAGCAAUUGACGAUCCACACCACCUACAAUAUAUACAAUUUCAAAUUCAUCAGAUACUGUUUUCCCCUCGUCCUUCAUCAAGCCAAUAUGCACCUACAUAUUUACAUCCACUGUAAUACACGACUAAAUUGCAUCUUAAUUAAUUUUUUUAUGGGUGCAGGUUCAGGUCUUAAUUUGUUUGUUCUGUAUAUUUUGAUUUGAUUGUAUUUGCCAAUAGUUACACAUGUAUGUAUUUUCCAAGUUUAUCCUGUUCCAUUGUUUUAUUUUAGUUUUAGUGUAAGAAUGUAAAAUAAUAAUUGAUUGAUGCAAUUCAAUAAAGAAUCACUUCAAUUCAAA